AUGGCAGAAUGCAGGAAGAAGCCCAAAUACGAAUCUUCAUAUUCUGCUGGCUUUGGGUCUGCUAAGAUCUCGUUGUCCAAAGCAAGAACUCUGAGAAGUGGAAGUUAUGUUAAGGCUCAAUCCAAGAAAAAGCUUCCUAACAAGCUGUUCAAGAUGGAUUAUGCUGACACAGAGACAGUUGUCAGCCAGUGCCCGUUACAUGGUAACCAUGUGCAACUGAAAGCUGUGAUCAAAAAUGUGUACAUGUUGGAAGAGAUGCAACAGGACUCAGUGGAGUGCAUGACUCAGGCAUUGGAGAAAUAUAACAUAGAAAAGGACAUUGCGGCCCAUAUCAAGGAGUUUGACAAGAAGCACAAACCCACCUGGCACUGCAUCAUGGGGAGGAACUUCCAUAGUUGCAUGACACUGGAAGCCAAACACUUCAUCUACUUCUGCCUAGGCCAAGUGGCCAUUCUUAUGUUCAGAUCUGGUUAA